UUUUCUAGGGUUUUCGGGAGAUGGUUGCAGGCAAGCUGCGCUACCUGGUGCUGGAGCUUCUAAUCGACGCCGCCAGGAAGAAGCAGCAUCGCUUCUCGCAGAAGCACGUCUUUGGAGCGAUCAAGAAGAGCGUGCAAGACAAUUUCGGCCUCUACGGCGCUGCCAUUUGCGCCAAUUACCUCCAAGUGAAGUAUUUCAAUCCUGUCACGAACAUCGUCGUGGUUCGAUGCAGCCGCCAGGAGUACACCAAGAUUUGGAGCUCCAUAACUUUCAUACGUGCCAUCGAGAACAUUCCAACGCUCUUUAAUCUCCUCAUUCUAUCUGGAAGCACGAGAGCUUGCCGGAAGAAACUCGAGCAAGUGGAAGCUGAUCGCUUGGAGCUCCUCGAGAAAACACCGGGAUUGAAUCUCUCGCCAGAAGAAAUCAAGGAAGCCCAAGCUUACACCAAGCGAAAUGUAUCUCUGGAAUAGGAGUUUCAGAACAAAUCUCUCGAGUUAUAAACACUCGGGCAGAGUGUCCUCUAUCUCCAACCAGCAUAAGUUGGCCAAAAACGUAGUCCGCGAGGAGCUUUCCAUCCGUGAGGCCGAGGCGGAGCUCGAAUGACGCUUCC